AUGGCUGGCUGCUUCUCCCUGAGAAAACUUCGGCAGAACGCUACCAUCAGCCUACUGCAGCUGCUCCUAGGUAUGCUGCCUGAGGGAUCUCAGCGAUUCAGGUCCGCCUUCCUCAAUCUGCUCCACACCCCAAGCUCCAGACCCGACAGAUUCUCCUCAGGAAAUUCCUGUGAGGACAGUGGUGACAGGACACUGGCUGCAGGCCACACCAUGGGGGCUAGUCAUCAAGUUAAUUAUUUCCAAAGAAGAGCAAGACACUGGGCUAAUUUACAAAGGAGAUAUGAUAGUUGGUUUCAACAAGUCAGGCCCGGCAUUCAUCCCUCAUCACGCCAGGAGCAAGAUAGAGACGUGGCAAUGAGUGAUGCCCAUGUGGGCCCUGGAGUAAGAUACACACCCUAUGCCAUCCCAACCUACCAUUGCGGAGGCAGCUCUCACACAGGAGACCAAACCCAUGGGAAUAUGGAGAGAGACAGGAAACCUCCACAGGAAGGAAUGCAGGGCAACAGGCAGGAUGGAAGCUCCAGGAGCUGAUUCAAGGGCACAAUUCCAUUUGGCAUAAAAUAUGACGAGAAGUGGCUGCUGGACUUGAUCCAGAGCCAAUGCAGUGUCCCCUUCAAUCCCAUUGAGUUUCACUAUGAGAACAUGCAGGCCCAGUUCUUCGUGGAGAAUGCCAGCAUUGCCUUCGAGUUGAAGAAAGUCAGUGGCAAGAUUUGGGAUGAAGAAAACGAAAGUAUAUCCAUCUUUGUCAGCCCCUCUGCCAUACCCCACUCUGUGCAGAAGGAGCUGAAGUCAGAAACGGUGAAACUGCCGAAGGUGACCAAUAACAAAGGAUAUGAAGUCCCCCAGCAAGCUCUUGACCUUAGGAGAGUCCGCUCAGACCCAGAUGUGGUGACCCAUAAUAUCAAAAUGGGGCCAAAUCAUAGAAACUGCAUGGCUGCCUCCCUGCAGAUCCUCGAAGAGAACAGGCCCAAGUCUCCACUGGCCUGUAGCUCACCUCCCUACCUGCACUCCCUUUCUGUCCUCAUCGCCUGCUGUCUCCUGAGCCUGCCUCAUCCAUCUCCCUCCUCGGAAUCUGGGUGCAUCAUUGGGGAUGUCUUGGUGUUGUCCAGGGCCAGACCUGGCAGAGCACUGGACACCUGA